GGACGCGGCGCAGCGGCCGGGCGCGGAGAGCGCGGGCGGCGGCGGCGGCAUGGGCACCCGGCAGACCAAGGGCAGCGUGGCGGAGAGAGCCAGCCCCGGCGCGGCGCCCGGCCCCCGCCGCGAGCGGCCCGACUUCUGGGCGUCGCUGCUGCUGCGCGCGGGGGACAAGGCGGGGCGCGCGGGCUCCGGCGCGGGGCUGCCCCCCUACCACCGGCGCGUCGGCAUGGUCCAGGAGCUGCUGCGGAUGGUGCGCCAGGGCCGGCGGGAGGAGGCGGGGACGCUGCUGCAGCACCUGCGCCAGGACCUAGGCAUGGAGUCGACCUCGCUGGAUGACGUCCUGUACCGCUACGCCAGCUUCAGGAACCUGGUGGACCCCAUCACACACGACCUUGUCAUCAGCCUGGCCCGCUACAUCCACUGCCCCAAGCCGGAAGGCGACGCGCUGGGCGCCAUGGAGAAGCUGUGCCGGCAGCUGACCUACCACCUGAGCCCCCACUCGCAGUGGAGGCCGCAACGCGGGCUGGGGAAGAGGAAGCCACAGGCCUGCCUCAAGGCCGUCCUGGCUGGGAGCCCUCCGGACAACACGGUGGACCUGUCGGGCAUCCCACUGACCCCCCGUGACCUGGAGCGGGUGACCAGCUACCUGCAGCGCUGCGGGGAGCAGGUGGACAGCGUGGAGCUGGGCUUCACAGGCCUCACGGACGACAUGGUCCUCCAGCUGCUGCCGGCCCUCAGCACGCUGCCCCGGCUGACCACACUGGCCCUCAAUGGCAACUGGCUGACACGGGCCCUGCUGCGCGACCUCACCGAUGCCCUCAAGGACCCUAGCAGAUUCCCCAGUGUCACAUGGAUUGACCUGGGCAACAACGUGGACAUCUUCUCGCUGCCCCAGCCCUUCCUGCUCAGCCUGCGCAAGCGCUCCCCCAAGCAGGGCCACCUGCCCACCAUCCUGGAGCUGGGUGAGGGCCCGGGCGGGGCGGACGAGGCCCGGGGUGAGACCGAGGGCCAAGAGGACCCCGGAGGGGGCCCUGCAGCCUCUGCCAAAGACCAGGGCAGGGAGACAGUAGGUGUAGCUCAGACGUGACAGGAAGUGGAGUCCUAGUGGGGCAGGAUGGCCAUGGCGGUCUGGGGGCUCAGGCUACCUCGACCCGACCAUGGGAAGCCAGAUCAGCCAGAUCGCAGCGUGGGGGAAGAGGGCUCCCUAAUUGCUCUUUGGUCCUCUCCAUCUCCCGCUUGUCAACCCUGUCUGCCUUUUGGCUUCCGGUAAGUCAUCCCUGGCUCAGGAGGCACCAACCCUCAGCCUCCCCAGACUUGUGGGUGCAAGGUCCGGGUCGGGGAUGCUGAAAGCUUGAGCUAAUGUGAAUGGUAGGAGUGUAGGUGGAGCCCUACAUCUAAGUCAGGGUUUUCCAAUCCUGAAUUUUAUUUUUUCUAUUCAGGGCAGCAUACUCCAGCCACAUGCUGGAUGUGCCCAUGACCAAGGCAGAUCAGAACCUCCCGGCUGAAGGUUGGGGCAGGGUACGGGGUGCCAGAGGCCCCAGGGGCCUAGGCCCUACGUGGACUUCGGGCUGUACGCUGUCCACCUCCUUGUGGAGCCCUUGGAACCAACUUCCCAGUCUCAGCCUCCAUUUCUAAGGCCCACCCUUCACCCUGCCCAUGGGACCAGCCACCCCCUAUACUCUGAUAUUAGGGCAUCCUAGGUCUGGGGCAGACAGGGACACAGAAUACAAGACAUACACAGAAUACAAGACUCACUUAGAAACUGCACACCACCCCUCUCCACACUACCAGACCUUCAGGGGUCAGCGUUGCUAGGGUGCCAGUGUGAGCCUUGCUUCCUUUUAAAGGGACCCCUUUCCAAUAAAAUUCCUUCCUACGGAGUCCCUAAAGUAAUCCUUUCCAAAAGGAUUUCCAAAAACCCAGGACCACAAAGGUGCCUCCAAGCAAGACAGCUGGGAGAAGGGGGAAAAAUAAAGAGGGCUCCCAAAUGAGUGUGCAAAGGUUUUCACGCUACAACCCCCUUACCCAAGGCCUACCAGUUAAAAAAAAAUCCUGCUGGGCACAAUUAGCAAAUCUAGGGAGACUGGGAACCAGUCAUCCUUUACUCUGGGUACCCAAAGCUGGUGGACCGGAACCCCUCACAUCAUGGACAGGAUCUCCACACUGGAAGGCAGCAAGAAGGGGCCGGGGAAGAGGCAGACUGGAACCCUGCCUGCUGCUGUCUGGGCAGGCAUCGGGUGGAGCUUAAGGAGUUAGAGGAAGAUUAUGCAAAAGGACAGAGCUCAAAGGAACAGGGACUGGACUCAAGUGUACAGAUGCCUUAAAUGCUUUGGGAUUUUUGCCCUCCAAAUUUAAAGCUGAGGGGAAAACAGCUCAGACUGACCAUAAAGGAAGGUGAUAAAUACUAAUGCCUGGACCACUAAUAUUUGACAGCAGUGAUAAAACUCAACUUUUUCUUCAAAUACGUAUUUUUAAGAACCAAUACCAAAAAGAUCAUCCUUUUAUUAUGUUUAUGGUAACUGCGUGGAGAUAGUUCAGCAAAUUUCCAGUUCAGAACUCAAUUGUACAAUCUCAAAGUACAAAAGCUUUUGGUUAAGGGACAAUACUAGAAAGCUCAUGAGUUUAGUAACACCAGAAAAGCCUAUCGCAGGAAAAGCUUGCCAAAUCCAUUUCUUGGUUCUCUCAUUGGUGAGAGAACACCCUUGCUACUCAGCACAAAGUGAGCUUGUUCCUACAAACUCUGAAGCCAGGAUUUUCAGAUUCCAAGUUGAUGGCUGCCACUGGUCCUUGGGACCUCCCUGCUUCAGCACAGCCUGCAAAGGAACGAAGGACCGCUCAAUCUCACUUUAUACACCAAGGACAGACAUUCAGAGCAUCAAAGAUAUCUUCAGAAAACCAUAGGUUCACCACUAUACAAUCUGCCGGUAAUUCCAGCUUUUUGGGUGAUUUCAUCAUUUGACAUCUUUUUCUGCAAAUUAAUUUAAGACGACUAGCUGCAUUCCACCAUGGGGGUGGUCACUAUGCAAUGGAAACCUUACCUCUUCUAGAGCUGAGGUGUGGCCGCCAGUUCUCCAGCUCUGCUCUGCCAAGGGCCACUCACAAUGUGGGGGAUGAACGACGCACCUGUGGACAGACAGCAGAUGCCCACUGCAGACCACGACUACCAGUUUACUUACAUCCAUCCUCCCAUCACGAGUCCUUAGAACUCAGUCAUAACUGCCAUCUCUGGACAUUUUAACCUGUUUAGUCACAUUAAACACUGCAAACCCAAGGCUAUCAAUUUUCAGAGCAUCUCAAAUCAGGUAAGCAGUUUGCUCAGGACUAUUCAACCAUGAGCUAAAAAGGAACUCUUGGGCCCACUCUGCAUUCCAGUCCAGACACCAUGAGCCAAAAUCAUCCUCAGACAGUCUGCCAAUAAAAGUCAAGGACACAGGACACAAAGCUCCCUUACCUAGAGCAGGCCGGUGCUCCUGGCUCCCGUGCUCAGCUGCUGAUCACAUGCUGGCAACCCCUAAUGUGCAAUCUGGGUGAAUACAGAAAUUAAGGUCACAGUCCAGACCACCCGACUCCUGGCACCAGCAACUCGUGAGGACUCUUGACUGCAGUCAGCCAGGAACUGUUAUCGUCAGUUAUCGCGUCUGACGGCACUUCCUAUUGGUGAUCUCAUCAGAGCAGCCAAGCACCUCACCAGGCCCCGGAAACUAGGACUUCGGCUGAAACUGCCUUACAAAACAGCCCGGAGACAUUCUGAUGGAGUUUCUGAACACAGAUUCGGUUUAGACAGGCUAGGAGCCGCAACCUCCUAACCGUUGCAAUCAUGCAAAGAUGCAGUGCAUAUUUAUGUCAAGUGUUUGAAAGUUACAACGGUAAUAAGACGCCAGGCAAUCUCAGUGCAUCUACGGUUGCAAGAACGACACCGCUAAGUUACGUAUUAAGACCUACCCAGACCCGCUCUUACCUCGGGAAGGAAUGCUGCUCCCGUCUCCAAAAUCCUGAAGUGAGUCUGCCAUCUGAAACAAGAGAACGUGCAUUUACGGCGGGUUCUUUCAGUUACAGUAACCAAAAGUGUCAGGGGUCAGCGACUGCAGUCAGAUAAGCAUCAAAGUCGUCAGUUCUCGCUUCUGACGGCACUUCCUACGAGAAUCAUCAGGACAGCCGAGCAAGCCUCCCUCGCGGUCCCUACGGGCCGAACCAGCCUCACUUACCCAGAUCUCUCGGGGCUGCUCACCCCUAGCGGCGAAUCCGGGGAAAGAGGUCCCGGCCUUCGGGGACCUCAGGCUCCUGAGACGGUGGUGGGCCAGCGAGACAAAGACGCACGCGGCCUUCGAGCCUCCGCCCCAAGACUCGGACACCGGACCACGGCGUCCGCCCCGAGGCCCGCACGGACGCACCCGCCCGCUGCCCACCAUCCAUGCUUCCGGAGAACAUCGUCCGAGAACCCAGAGAGGUUGUGGCGCCCGCGCCCUCCCACUCGCUGGCCGCGGACAGGCCUAGAAAGACACACAACCAACCUCCACGACACCUACAACGGAAAGGCUAGCGCUUAUGCGUCCCAGGCCCUUAAGGAGUCGGGACAUUCCACUCCUCACAGAAGGGAGGGGAAUCCUGGCAAAGGCUCACGGGAACUUUCCCCUCUAACGCGCAGACGCCACCCUGGACUCCCCCCUCCUGUAGAGCCAAUGGUUUCUUCCGCGGCCCGGGAAUUCUGGGUCCCCGGCGCGCUGUGAGCCCCAGGGCGCAUGCGCGGAGCCCGAGCGUGUCCGCGGGGCUGGGGCUUCCUCGCCGCUCAGCAGCUUUGUGUUGCGGCGCGGAGAAGCCGCCUUCCUGAGCUUGUCUCUGCCCGUCGGGAAGGUGCAUCACGUGCGGUCACGCCCUUGAAGCCCUGCAGAGACUUGGCACCAGUGAGCGUCAUACACAGUGUAGCUGCUCGCAGUUUGGGGAGCUGGUGCCGUCUGCGCUGCCCGCAGCCGCUUCGUAAUGUCCACGAGCCUCUCCAACCCCUGCGCCCCGACAGCCCUCCUUACUCCCUGUCCUCCGCGCCCGCUCCCCGGGAACCCCUCCCUACUUAGAAGAUACUCAACCCGUGUGUACACGUCUUAAACACAUAUUACCCCGAGGGAGAAGACUGGAAAGGCAGUAGUGAGACGACACUUUUUGAGCUGGCCUUAGAAAUAAGCGCAGGAUUUUAAUGGAGGGAGGAGGAUUUCUAUAAAGAGCCACGCCUAUAGGAGCCAGACGCACCCGAGGUCUACCGGCCUGCGCGAAGAAUUUACUCAAAGUGCCAAGGAGAGCAAGAAGCGUCUGGGAAUGCUCGGGCAAAAUCAUGGAGGGCCGGGGAUGCCAGUUAGUACGCCCCAGCCACCCUCGUGGGCGCUGGGAGCCCCUCAAGCCUCCAGAGACAGCGGGCGCUACUGGCAGCGUGUUUCCCUUGUGUCUCAGCAAGGUUGCUCUGGCUUGGAGCGGUGGGAACUGAGCAGGAAGCCAGCAGGGAGAGGAACAGCGUGAGCUAAGUAAGCUCAGAGGCUGGAAGGCUUUGCUUUGAGAGACAUCCUGGAGGUGGCUUUAAGAGGUGUCUGGAGGCUGUGGGAGAGGUGGCCGUGCUUGCUGGUGACCACCACCUUGCGUCUGCCGUGACAGCUGGCACAGCACCUCGCCCAGCUGCGUGCACCCGGAAGAGGGCAGCUGGGGGAGCGGCAGGUGAGGGUCCCCUGUGCCAGGCGAGGGCCUGAGCAGACAAGCCCCAGAAAGACGUGUACUGCAGAGACAAGCAGAUGUCGACCCCCAAAGGCUCAGUAACUACCCAGUGUUUCCAGGAGAGCUAGUCAUGAGAAAAUAUGUAUUUAUUUUUGCCACCGAAGUUCCCUGGGGCCCCAGAGCCAGCAGGUGGGGCUGGAAAGGUUCCUGGCUCUGUCCUGCUGGUCUCCUGCUGCAUCAGCAGGACUCCAGGGGCUGGAGGGGCAUGUGGUCGUCCUCCACGGCACUGUCCUCACUGUGCUGGGAGUUCAGGGCCAGGUUCUUCGUGGCGCCUAUAAACGGGAUGAAGACCACUGUGGCUUGGCCCUUGGGGUGUGUCCCCAGGAGGCAGGCUCCAGGAAACAGGAGGAGGCCACAGCCAUGAAAGCGCAUCAUGCCCAGUGGACAGCAGGUACAGAAGUUCACUGGUGCCUGCCACUGGCCCGCAAGAGAGUCAGAUGGGACGCAGAGCCUGGCUGGAGAGGACACGGACAUCUGGAUGAGGGGCUCGUGCAAGGUCAAGCGUGAAUUGGUAACGCAGUCCAGCCCCCUGGGCGAGGCUCUCCCCGCACCCACUGCCUGACCCACCGCCGCCCUCUUGCUCUCAUAGGUGGUUGUCACGUCAGCUCCCCGCUGCCGGAGCCUCUGGUGCCCCAGGUCCUCCAGCUGGGCCAGCCCCUGGACCUUGCACCCUGCCUGUCCCACCCACCAUGCCGACCCCACUUAACACGUGAUGAACACAGAAGGCAGCUACACGAGGGUGGGAUCUUGUUCUCUGCCCUGAGUUUAGAGCCUAGAACUGUGCCUAGCCUUGCAGUAGGCGCUCAGAAACACUUAAUACUAAUGAUGGCAAGCACCUGCUGUGUGCCACUGAGCACCUACUACGUGCCAGGCACCACCCUGAGGGUUUUAGAUCCCUGAGCUUAUUUCAACCUCGCAUCCACCCUAUGAAGGGAGGAAUGGACGAGGGGAACCCCGACGAGGGCCUGGAACUCAGCUGGGUCCUGCACACUCCUCCCCGGGUCCAAAACGUGGUGGGGGGUCUGGGGGGCCUCCCUGGGCACCUGCAGCUUCCAGAUGCUCCAGCUGUCAGUGGCCACGCUGUUGACGGUCUCGCUCAUGAGGGCGAUGAGCAUGUUGAGCAGCAGGACGUAGGUGAGCAGCACGUAGGCCAGCAGCAGCAGCAGCACCACCCCGCGGAAGCGCAGCUGCUCCUGGAAGGCCAGCUCGCCCAUGCCGAUGGUGAACUUGAACAGCUCCAGGGAGGCGUCCAGGACGCCCUUGUACGGGGCUGUGCUGCCCUCCUUGUCCUCCUUUCCCGCCGCCUCCGUGGCGUUGGAGCCUACAGGGACCCCGGGGUCCUGGGCCUCCUGGCUCAGGCUCACCAGCGCU